AUGAUUCCUGAGGGUCUUGACAAAAGGCCCUUGAAGGAUAUCAUUGGUGAGAUUGUGGAGCACAAGUUUAACUGUGUGCGUCUCACCUACGCAAUCUACAUGUGGACACGUUAUGUCCACGACAAUGUCAAUGCCACGUUUACCUCUUUGGAUGUACCAGGUGUGGUCCAAGGCAUUGCCAAGAACAACCCUUUUGUGUUAUCCAUGACACAUGUUCAGGUCUUUGAUUCUGUUGUUCGUGAACUUGGGAUUCAGAAUGUGAAAGUGUUACUUGAUAACCACGUGAGUGAGCCAAAGUGGUGUUGUAAUGACGAUGAUGAGAACGGUUUCUUCCAUGAUAGACAUUUUAAUCCUCAAGAAUGGGUGUAUGGCCUUACUCUGGCAGCCAAACACUUUAAUGGAAACCAUGUUAUUGUAGCAAUGAGCUUGAGGAAUGAAUUGCAUGGUCCACGCCAAAAUUUGUAUGACUGGUACAGGUACAUGAGCAAAGCAGCAGUGUCUAUACACAAGACAAACCCAAAUGUGCUUGUGGUUAUCUCCGGAUUGAAUUAUGAUACUGAGUUGCAGUUCUUAAAGAGUAAACCAUUGAAGAUAGAUUUGGGUAAGAAAAUGGUGUUUGAGACACAUUUGUAUUCAUGGUCUGGAAUUGGAACACUGAAAUUGAGAGAGAUAUGGACAAAGCAACCAGUGAAUAGGAUAUGUGCCGAUAACAUUAAAGGGAUAGAGGACAGAGCUGGAUUCCUCACAACUGGCAAGAAUGCAGUUCCUUUGAUUUUUACAGAGUUUGGGUUUAACGAGAUGAAGGCACGAGGACAACGUGCGAAGUUGGCAUGUGCCAAUUGGGCUGGCCACCUCCAACCAAUGAUUCCCGAGGGUCUUGACAAAAGGCCCUUGAAGGAUAUCAUUGGUGAGAUUGUGGAGCACAAGUUUAACCGUGUGCGUCUCACCUACGCAAUCUACAUGUGGACACGUUAUGUCCACGACAAUGUCAAUGCCACGUUUACCUCUUUGGAUGUACCAGUGUUACUUGAUAACCACGUGAGUGAGCCAAAGUGGUGUUGUAAUGACGAUGAUGAGAACGGUUUCUUCCAUGAUAGACAUUUUAAUCCUCAAGAAUGGGUGUAUGGCCUUACUACGGCAGCCAAACACUUUAAUGGAAACCAUGUUAUUGUAGCAAUGAGCUUGAGGAAUGAAUUGCAUGGUCCACGCCAAAAUUUGUAUGGUCGAGUGCAGAGUAAACCAUUGAAGAUAGAUUUGGGUAAGAAAAUGGUGUUUGAGACACAUUUGUAUUCAUGGUCCGGAAUUGGAACACUGAAAUUGAGAGAGAUAUGGACAAAGCAACCAGUGAAUAGGAUAUGUGCCGAUAACAUUAAAGGGAUAGAGGACGGAGUUGGAUUCCUCACAGCUGGCAAGAAUGCGGUUCCUUUGAUUUUUACGAGUUUGGGUUUAACGAGGUAG